CCCAAUUUAAGGUGGAAUUUUCAGGCACAGCCCCCGGACAGCAGCAGCCCCGUUAGAGGCACAGCAGAUCCUAGGGUCAGGUUUGGGGGCUGGCCUGUCCCCAUAGCAGAGCUGCAGGCAGUGGGGACAGUCGGGGCUCUGACAUUCUUUUAGGUGCUGCUGCUGAGCAGCCAGUGCAGCACUGCCUGUGGUCACAGCACCUGGGAUGCAGUGUUAUUUUUAUUAUUUUUCUCAGCUGGACACUUGUGUGUGUGCCCUGUGGGUCUGCAAGUGUACCUGUGCCCACAGUGGGGCUGCAAAAAUCAAACUGUUUGUGCAGGAUGAAAUCCUGCCCCCGCCCUGGCAGCUCUGCCGUGUUGUGACCGCGCUUUUAGCAGGCGAGGAGGUGCUGCUGCUCAGUUAAUCCAUUUCCUCUGCAGUUACCACACUGGAAAAGGAGUAGGGGCAAGAUUACAGGGCUGCUAGGUCUCCUUCUCUGUGAAAGGGGCUCUGGAGAGAUGAAGUCAUCGCAAAGUUCUUUUUCUGGAGAUGCAGAGGUUUGGCCUGUUUCCUGGGGGAGAAGAAAGGAAGGGCUUUCCCUUGCAGCACACAGGUGUCAGAGGAUGCACGCCUCUGCACUGCUCCUGGAUUAGUGCUUUCCCCAGCUCCCUGCCUGCACUCUGCCAUCACCACAGGGAGGCACAAAAAAAACCAGCCAAAAAUUGUUAGUUCUUUCUGUGCAUAUUCUCUGCUGCAAUUCAGAGGAUGAAUCCUCCUUCGCAUCCAUCCUCUCUCUGCCCAGUUUGUACCGUGCCAGGCCCAUUGCAGCUGAUUUAUUUAUCUUCUGAAUAGAGCAGGUUUGGCAGUAGAAGCCCUGCAACACUUUAUUAACCAGAGACUGGAUCCUGUAUUGUCUUCUGCAAAGAACAAACUUGGUUCAGAGUGAGUUUUAGCAGGUUAAAACAGAAAUAAAAAAGCCUCCCAAAAAUCCAUGAGAAUGACAGUUUUCCAUAUGCUGUUUAUAGAUGUGUUUCAAUCCUAAUUUAUUAGUAUAAGAUUUGGAGUUGAAAAAAACGACAUAAAAUCUAACACAUUUAACUUGUUCUAACUUACAGAAUUAAGACUGACUUCAAUGGUGUUAUAUUUUUGACAUGGAUGAGUAUGGGUUCAACUAUACCACAUGCAUAUAAUUAUAGACUAGAAAAAAAGUUACUCAUUGAUCUGCAAAUAAGUUACAGUGACAAAUACCGGUUUUCUGAGCACCUGACUGUGCACUUUGCAUAACCCAUUUCAGUGGGUGAACUUAAAAUACCAAAAGAGGAGAACUGGGCAACAGAAAGAGGUGAAGUUACAAGUGUGGGCUCUGCCUGCAAACCUGCUCUGGGUGGGUACUUCUGCUUUUCCUGGAGGUACUUACAGCAGUCUUUCCUCCUGAACAAGUGAUUAUUUCACCAUUUUACUAACUUUUUGGCAGACUGGUAAUUAGUGGUGAAAUUUUUCAUCCUCGCGGAUCAGCCAUGUGGAAAGAAACACAUUUUUGAAAAGAACCACAUCAUCACAGCUUUUAAGUAAUAUUAAUUUUAUACAUUUAAUUUUAUGAUGCUGCUGAUAAAGGAAUGUCUUCAAAACAAAUUACUCUUUCAUAAAUCUGUUAAAUUUGUUUUUUAAAGAGUAGAGGCCAUCGGUUGUGUGUGGUAUGAGCCAGUAACAGUGCUGAUAUUUAAUCCAUUAACUUACACUUUCCAAAAUUGAUGGAAAAAUAAUUGAGACCCUUUAGGAACCCUUUAAGGAAGAGCUGUACUCCCUACAAAUACUAAUGGGGCAAACACAUCAGAAAUUAAUUUUGCCAGCAAUGAAAUGAGCCAAUUUGCUUAAGUGACUGUCUAAAUGCACUGUUGUUAAUUGGUAGCUGUGAAGAAAACAUCCAAGUGUGUUCUGUAGCUACCCAGAAUUAAAAUGCAGGGGGUACAUGAAACAGAAAAGACCAUUUGGUCACCUUGGCUGUUGUCUCUGCCUGAAGUAUUGUAAAUAAGCCCAGGAAAGGAUUCCUGGGGAGACAUGGCCAGCCAGAGGCUUGACUCUUGGCAAAGCAGAGUGAAGGUGCCCCAAGUUCACAAUUCCUUUCUUUCAUUUUGCACGAGAGGCAUAAACUGUGGUUCCACAGGAUUUAUGGCAUUGGAAGGGUCUGUGCAGGAGGGAUGUUUAUGAUGAAAUUUUGGUGCAGGUGAAGCACUGCCUGAGAGCCUUCUGCUGCUUACUGGUACAAUUGUUACCUAAAGGUGUUACUGGGGGGUUCUGUGCCAGAGCCUCUGGGUCCCAGAGCCAAAGGAAUGGUUCAUAGUCUGUGAGAUGCAUUUGACUGUACUAUACAGAUUCAUUGUACACACGUACAUGGCGCUGGCUACGUUCUGUAGCACACGGAGUAUUGUGUUGUAUCAUUAUCUCGUCAUGAUAUAAAUACAAAUUUUUAUACCUUUUUGUUGUGUUACUCAGGGUUUUUUUAAACUUUCAUCACUUGUUUUUUGUGCUUUGUGUUUCUUCUCUUCACAGUUCUUUACAUACUGCAAAUCUUUACAUGUCAGCUUAUUUCAUGUCAGCUAUUUCAUAAGGAGCUCACUGAGUUUUAGCAAUUCAAAUUAAUAGCAUGGUAUGAAGAUUGGGGUGCUACUUAGACUUCUUUUACACACACUGGCCCAUUGAAACCCCAACAGUCAUUAAUCUUAUUUGUCUCUAACCAUGGGUGCUGUAUAAAUUUCCACUAUUACAUUUCUGAAGACAAACUAACCUGUUUGCAAAGUGCAAACUGAAAUGCAUUAGUGUCUGUUCUAAGUAAUUAUACUUGAAAUAAUUUCAGCUCUGUACAAGACAGGGAAAAAAGGCAUUAAAAGACAGCCUACAAGUUCUGCAUGUUUAUUUUGUCAAAUAUGAAAGUCACAUCACAAGUGAUGUGCAGCCAGACGAAAACAAGCAUUUUAGCUGAUGAGAGAUGAGAGGAAGGACAGAGCUGAAAUCCUUCUGUAAAUUACAUUGUUUUCUCUCAGCUGCAGUGUGUGACAUCCCCUGGUUUGUGUUCCAGUUUGUCACACAUGUUGGUACUAAAUACAGUGGUACCUUAAAAAUAUAGAAAUAGUAGUUUUACAUUGAAAUCAUGGCCAGUAGCUAGUUGAUACAUUUAUAUUUGAUUUGAAUAAGCUGAGCUGCUGAAUCAGUAAGAUACUCAUGGGCAAAGCAUAGUAAACUAAUUUUUCUAUCACAGUUUUCUUUGCAAUUAACAUAAUCACAAAAUAAAUAUAAAAUACAAUCUAGCACUUAAUAACUUUUUAUAAAUUAAUCUCCAACAGAAAAAAUACCUGUAAAAAGAUUUUAGCAGUGCUGUACUUUGUGACAGCACCAGUUUUCUCAGCACAAGAAUUAAAAACAAAUUAUUAUAAAUGUGGUGGCACUAUUUUUGUAAAUCCUGUACAGUUUAUGAUUUGUACAGCUCUGCUUAUGAUAUUUGUCACAUCAUACCAUUUGUUUAAAAGAAAAAUAAGUUUCCUCAUUUUGCUAAUAAUGGAUGUUUCAAAUUUAACACUAAACAUCCAGAGGCUUGCCUUGCCUAUCAGGAUGAAAAUUAGGGUUUUCAUUCAAAACAGGGUUAGGAGAGUAAACAAACAAUUUUCUAGGAAAAAGAACAUAUCCCUUUGUGCAUUAUAUGUUUAAAUACAUUAGGAGUGGUAGCCUGAAUGUGUAGGAGCUUCUUGUAUAUUUACAGUACGGAAUCCAACAAAGCUGAAGGACACUAAUCACUCUGACCUGCUUUUCUGGGAAUACAAGGUCUCAGAAUGAAAUCUACCAUUCCUCUGGAGAGAAGGUCCAUGCACUUGGCAAAGAAAGCAAGCUGGUGCCAAAUUCUUGUCUUCUGACUUUGUUAUGAUAGAAGUUCACAUGGCACUUUAAAGUUGUGCUUGAUCAAGAAUACAAUUUUGCUUAAUGCAAUGAAUUACAUCUUAGGACAGGGUGUUUCCAAAGAUUAAUUGUUGUUCCAACAAUCUGCAGCAGGGACCUUUGCAAUCCUGCUGCUGUGAGCAGAGUGCAGUGUGAUGCAAAAUCAAAAAGCUGUACAGUUGCAGUUCACAAGCUAAAAACCUAUUCCUUGCCUGCUCUGUGUUGAUUUUUUCCCCCCUCAAAACCAAACCACAACCAAAACAAACCCCUAAAGCAGUAGCAAGCAAACAAGGUUGAGUUUUUCAUCUGACAGAUGUAUCCCAGUGGGAGGGUUUAGUGCAAUGCCUGUGGUGGCACUGCACUCCUUGGCUGCUGUGACAGCCUCAGACGAUGGGGAACUGAGAGCUCCUCUCUGAGGUGUCAGGCACAAUGAUGUCAUAUUUUGCAGUGGAACAAACAGAACAUGGUAAGGAUGGAAUACUGCAGAGUUUGCAGACAUCUUUCCAGAAAUGUUUAUGCCUUAAUCUGCUGGAAUUCACCAUAAAAUGGCUUGUAAAGGCAAUAUGCUAUCUAAGCAGCCUCUCCAGUUCUAGGAAACAGAUGCAAAACAACUGCUCCUAGAAUGGAAAAAAAGGGAUUCCAAAGCUGAUUACUUGUCUGCUAGGAAACAGAAGAGCCGCAAACUCCCUUUUCAUAGGAAACUUUAAAAUAAAGUUUUAGAAGACAAAAUUCUGCUUGCUGUUCAGGUUUAACCUUAGAAAUGGAGCAGUACAUAGGAUGUGAGAUUUCUAAAGUGCCUUUAUCUAAUAUUGCUCAGAGGAUUAUGACAGCUUUGCAGUCUAUUCCUGUAGAAGUUCAGACUAACAGAGAAAAUAACCAGAGUAUAGAGAAGACAAAGGAAAAUAAACUAGAUGAUAAGGAUGCACAUCUGAGAAAUGAAAAGGAGGAUUAUGAUUCCAGAAUUGCCACAUUAAAAACAACUGUCAGCCCUGAAAAAAGAACUGCUGGUCAGAUAGUCAGGACAGUGCAUAUGGAUAAAAUACUUGGCUGUCAAGAUACCCAAAUACUGAGCUGUUACCAGGAUUCAGGCUUCCCAAAAUGGGAAUAUCAAGAAAGAAGUUUUUCAGUAGAAGAAAAAACCCUGAAGGAUGGGAAAAACAAAAUGGUUAUUCCUCUUAAAAGAAAGCAAAAUGUAUCUACAUCUUGUUUAGAGAAAACAAGAAAAUUGCAUGUAAAUACCUCCAUGUUGCAUGAAAGAAGAUACAGCUGUACUCCUGGACAAAUAAAGUCUUCUGGAAAGUAUCCUUGUGAUAUCAGCAGUUUAGGAAGUGAAGAAAAAAGCAAACUCCUUGCAGCUAUAGAACAGGCAGCAGCUUUUAUAACUACUAUGAUAUUUCAAGAUGGUUCUUCACAGCUCAACUCAGAGCAGGCCCCUACCUUAUCAGUAAAAGGAGUUGUUGUGCUGGUGAAGAAUCAGACUGAUCAGCCUUGCUCUCCAGGUCACACUUCAGCUGGCUAUACUUGGAAUGCUGCAAAUGAAAAUGAUAAACUAAUUUAUUUAAAAACUGAACAGUCAUCUCUCUGGGAACGAGAACCGGCUCACAAGAAAUUUUCUUGGCAAGUGUUGUUCCAAAUGCUGCAGUGCAAAGUUCCAAUAAUUUGCUUCAAUGCAAAAGAUUUCCUGAGGACUCUACUUCAAAUUUAUGAUAAUGAAAUCAGCUGGAAACAAGUUGCCAAUAGUGUCGUGUUAGAUCCAAGGAUUGCAGCAUGGCUGAUAAACCCCAGUGACACAGUUCCUUCCUUUGAGUGUUUAAUACAGAAGUAUUUUGAAAAGCCUUUUUCAAAGGGAGCAGAGAAUACAGAUACAGGCACUUCAGGCACUUUGAGAAAUGUAUCUUAUCAAAACUUAGGUGUGAACUUGGAGAAGCUUUAUAACGUAAUGAUGGACCUUACUCAUGGCUUAAAGGCUCAAGGUUUGUGGAACUUAUUUUGCACAUUAGAGCUUCCACUUAUCAAAAUUCUGGCAGUGAUGGAAACACACAAAAUAUAUGUGAACAAACAAGAACUGAAAAAAACAUCAGAGAUUCUAGGGCUGCGGCUCAAAGAGCUUGAACAGGAGGCUCAUGAGGCUGCUGGAGAACGAUUCCUUCUGACCAGCAGCUGUCAGCUCCGAGAGGUACUAUUUGAUAAGUUAAAGCUGCAUACGCUGUGUGAGAAACUUCAGAGAACUGAAAUACAACAGCUCGUAUCCACCUCAGAAGUUGUGCUAAAUAAAUUGCAAGAUCUUCAUCCCUUGCCUAAGAUAAUUUUAGAAUACCGCCAGGUUCAUAAGAUGAAAUCAACUUAUGUGGAUGGACUACGAGCGUGCAUGAAAAAGGGUUUCAUUUCCUCCACUUGGAAUCAAACAGGAACUGUGACUGGCAGACUUUCAGCCAAACAUCCUAACAUCCAAGGUAUCUCUAAACAUCCGGUUACAAUUGCAAAGAAACAGUACAUAAAAGGAAAAGAAGAGGACAUAAUAACUAUUUCCCCAAGAACGCUGUUUGUUUCAAAAAAAGGAUGUACAUUUUUAGCAGCAGACUUUUCCCAUAUUGAGUUAAGGAUCCUUGCUGACUUAUCAUCUGAACCAGAACUUCUGAAACUGUUCCAAGAACCUGAAAUCAGUGAUAUCUUUACUACACUGGCUUCUCAGUGGAAGGGGAUUCCAAUUGAGCAAGUGAAACAUGCUGAUAGAGAGCAAGCAAAACGAAUAGUUUACUCUGUGGUUUAUGGAGCAGGUAAAGAACGUCUCGCUGACUGCCUGGGAAUUACUCCUGUUCAAGCCAGUCAAUUUAUAGAGAGUUUUAUGCAAAAAUACAAGAAAGUGCAUGAAUUUACAAAGAAAACCAUUGAGCAGUGCCGGAAUAAAGGUUACGUGGUUUCCAUAAUGGGACGCAAGAGGCCCCUGGCCAACAUCAAUGCACAGGAUUACAAGCUACGCACUCAAGCAGAGAGGCAGGCUGUAAAUUUUGUUGUUCAAGGCUCUGCAGCUGAUCUUUGUAAAAUGGCUAUGGUGAAGAUUUUUGCCUCUGUUGUCAUUUCUCCAACUUUAACAGCCAGGUUAAUUGCCCAGAUCCACGACGAAUUGUUGUUUGAGGUAGAAGAUUCUCAAAUCCAGGAAUUCUCAGCACUGGUAAAAAGAAUAAUGGAGUCCCUGCAGCAAACCACAGCCUUGGAAGUGCCACUGAAGGUUCCCUUGAAAGUGAUUCUCACCACUGGGAAAUCAUGGGGGUGUAUGACAGAAUUGCAGGAGAUGUAAAGCAGUCAUUGGGGAUGUUAUUCAGUACCCAAACACCUCAUUGGCCUGUGCUGAUUCCUGGCUGAAUCACUAGGCAACAGCGCUGCUGGAUCUUUCAUAAGCACCUAAUACUCUGCAUGUGAAUUUUUUUACUUCAUUUUGUCUGUAGCCCUAGGCAACAGCAGUGAGAUAAAACUGGUUUUUACCAGUUCAUUGUGUUUCCUUUAGCCAAGGUAUCCAGCAGGGAGCUGCUUUUGUUCACUGCUAAAUUACUACAUGUAAGAAAUGAAACAAGACAGUAUUAACCCUUUGGGAGCAUCACAAAUAUAUUUGAGUUACACAGAUGUUUAGACUUUAAUGUUAAAUAUUUUGUGAAGUGCUUGUGUAGAAAUACUUAUAAACUGGCAGUAUUUGGACUGUGUCAGAUGCUUGACUGUUGUGUUCAGCUUAUUUUGUAUUUUGUGAGUAGAAUGUACUGCUUGGUGUUCAUCACAUAUUAACUGUCCCAUUCCUCAGACUUAGAAAAAGAGUUAAUGAACUUAAUUUUGUCUAGAAUUUUGGAGCAAAACAGAUAAACAAAACAGAAGCUUAAAGGUAUUAAAAAUAAGGAGAUUGUUGUCCAUUCAAUUAAUUUCAAACUGAGUUUGCACUAUAGCCUUAGCAUACUUUAGACAAAGUAUGACAGUUUUGCUAAUUUAUUAUUUUUAUUACUGAUAUAAUGACAAAUAUUGUUUAGAUAAAUUUUAGGAUUCAGCCUUAUUCCUUUUUAGGAUUCAGGCUUUUACUUCAAUGUUUAUUGAUUUUUUAUUAAUAAUUUGGUUUUCUGUAGAGUUUGUUCUUCAAAUGGGAUUUGUUUCAUAACAUUACUGUUUUACAAAUUCUGUCUCUGUGCUUGUGGUAUAUAAAAUUGUCCUUGAAGUCUACUAAUUAUUCAGAAGUUAAAGUCAAGCACAAAACUUUUAAGAGUUGUUCAGUAUGUUUCAGCAUUAGACUUCAAAUUAUCACAGUAAUACAAUUUAAAUUCUAGAACUGUAUGAUUGUAAAGACUUUGCAGCAUUUUUAAUUUGUAUAAUUAAUUAAUUUUACUUUGCACUUAGAGCCAUUAAACUAUUAAACAUUG